UUAUGCGAGAGGUGGUUUCAUGUAUCUGUAUGAGGUAUUUUUAAUUUUCCUCCACUUGCAAUGAAUGUAUAAGGGUAUUGAUGUCUUUAUAGAAAUAUAGGAAGAGACGUAGUGGGGUCCAGCACCCAUGUGCCCUCCUCCUGUCUCCACCAGCUGCUGCCGCUCAAUGAUUAGAGCCCUGUUCCCCUUCAAGUUCAAGUUCAAUUCCCACACCAAGGAAACUCUCUCAUCUCUCAAACCCAACAAAAAAAAACCAUUACUUUACUUCACUUUACAUGUCGAACUCCGACGCCACCACUAACGGCGUCAGUAACGGCGCCAUCAUUGAUGCGCAGAGACAGCAGGCCUUAGCCGUUAAGAAGCCGCCGUCUAAGGACCGUCACAGCAAGGUGGACGGCCGAGGGCGCCGCAUAAGGAUGCCAAUCAUAUGCGCCGCACGUGUGUUCCAGCUCACGCGCGAGCUUGGCCACAAGUCCGACGGUCAAACCAUCGAGUGGCUCCUCCGCCAGGCCGAGCCCUCCAUCAUCGCCGCCACCGGCUCCGGAACCACCCCCGCCAGCUUCUCCUCCGUCUCCCUCUCCGUCCGCGCCGCCGCCAACUCCCUCUCCUCCCCUUCCUCCACCUCCGACCACAAGCCCCAGUUACUCUCUCCCACUCCCUUCAUCCUCGGCAAGCGCAUACGCACCGACGAAGACUCUUCCAAAGACGAAGCUGUCUCCGUGGGGCCCUCUCUUGUGGGCCCUUCUACUCCUCCCGGACUGUGGGCCCUCCCGGCCCGGCCCGAUUUCGGACAAAUUUGGAGCUUCGCCGCCGCCGCUGCUCCCGAAAUGGUGUCGGUGUCGCAGCAGCAGCAGGCUUCAUUGUUCGCUCAUCACCACCGUCAGCAGCAGCAGCAAGCCAUCGGAGAAGCUUCGGCGGCGAGGGUGGGAAAUUACCUUCCUGGACAUCUGAAUUUGCUCGCCUCAUUGUCUGGUGGACCUGGGAAUUCUGGUCGGAGAGACGAUGAGCCUCGUUGAUUGUCACAUCUUCAACGGUGGUGGUGAUGGUGGUGGUCGGUGGUGUUGGUGUUUUUUUUCGUAUAUAUGCAUAUUCUCGUGUUGUGGUUGCUGUUUUUGUUGUGUGUGGCAAGCAGGAGAUUCUUAGGGUUAGGUUUUUUCUUAGAUUUGAGUGGAGAAGUCCAUCGAUUAAGAAAUUAUUCAAUUAGGGUUUUUGUUUUACUUCCUGCUGGUUUGGAGAACUUAACUAGGUUUUUAGAUGUUGGAUAAUUGUUUUAGAUUCCGGGGCUUUGUUGGAGGAGAGGAGGGAAAAAAAAGGGGAGAAUGUAAUGAACUGAUGAUUUAAUUUGUGAAAUUGUCAUGGUGAGAAAUUUGUACCGAUUGAGGCUGGAAUUGGGUUUCAGAAGCUUGGUCCGUGUGCGAGUGCAGUUGAAUUUGUAAUGUAAUGUUGUUGUACUCAAAGAGAGUUCUUCUAAGUUGAAGAGCAUGGAUUGGAUUGCAUUGUUGCUUCUGUUUCACUUUCAUAGUGGGUUAUUUUGGGCUUUGACUUACUGGGUCUACAAGUAUGGUGUGGUUGAAGUGGUUGCAGUUGAGGUAAUUAGUGCUUGCAAGCUUGUUUCUGAAGCCAGUGAAUUGUGUUUCCAAAGUUCAAUUGUCAGUCCCAGAAUGUUGGAGUACCCUACUUUCCAACAUGGGUUGAGAAUUCAUGUCUCUUGGAUGUUGUUGGGGCAUGUUUUGAGGGAUUGAGGUUCAUGUAAGGUGGUUAUGUUGUGAAUUUGGUGCAGCUCUCUGACUCUCUCCUCCACUUUCACGCUCCUUGAUGGUGUUUUGUUCGUUUUCAGAGGUGACUGGUGUGUGAAAGAUGAAAAAAAAAAAGAAGAAAGCUCUGGUUGUACUCUGUAUGACUUCUGCUUUGAGAUUUUUAUCUUCAAUUCUUAGCCAUUUCUUAGAUUGAUCAGCGUGAGAAUAAUGUUUUCUUGUAUGUAAGUGGAUUGUUUCGGGUGCCAGUGAUGUGAAUAAAAACCCGUCUGUUUCUUUCUUUACCUCU